AGAGGAGACCCCCGAGCCAACCCCCCGCGGCUCCGCACGAGCACGCCUCGCAGGCGCAGCCGGCGGGGGCGGCGCCGGGGCAGCGGGGGCACGGGGCAGCCCCGUCCGCGGAGAGCCCCCGCCCCGCCCGCCCGCGGCGGCGGCCGACGGCGGCUUCGCCUCCAACGGCCGCGCCUCUGGCGGCCGCGGCGCGUCCCGCGCGGGGGCGGCGCUGAGGCUGCAGAGGUGGUGGCGCGACUGCCUGGAGGCCCGCGGGGCGCUGUUCGAGGGCCUCGUGGUGGAGCUGAUGGAGCUGCGAGCUGGUGCCGCGGAGGACACGGGGGGUCCAGCGGGCGUGGCGCGGCUACACCCGGAGGCGGCGGGGCCGCGUCGCAGCGGCGUCGCCGGGGUGACGGCGGCGCGCCGGCCGAGGGACGGAGCUGUCGUCCCCGCGCGGCCGUCCAGAAGCGACGCCGUGGCGGCCCGUUUGCCUCUCGCUCUGGGCUCGCUGUGUCUCUUGUCGUCCUCCUCGUCGUCCUCCUCCUCCUCGCCCUCGCCCUCGCCCUCCUGUCCCACCGAGGAAGCGGGGGGCCACGUGUGCUUCCAGCUUCCGGGCAUCGCAAAGGCAUGGCUGCUUCUGCGCAGGGCAUUCGUGCACGCCGUGCGUUCCGACAGCCGGCGUUAGGGUUCGCCGCGCGGGGCGGCGCCAUAGCCAGGGGUUUGGUUAGAUCUGGGCGGCGCUCGCACCAAACUCGGUGCAGCGCGGCCCCAUCUUGCCCGCGCUGUCCUUGUGGUGGAUCAGUUCGAUGGCGGCUCGUGGUUCGCUUGGGAGCUAGUGCUGCUUCCCCUGCCUGCGCCUCCCUCCUCUGUGCUGCGGCUUCCACCUGUGGUCCGAAUUUGGCGUUUUCCUGGGGUGCCGUUUACGGUCGUCUCGAUUCGCAGCGCUUCUUUGGAUGCCAAGUCGGCAUGGAAUCUGUUGCCAACAACUCUCAACAGCCCUUCACCCGUUCCAGCAAGCGCCCUCCUCCUCUUUCCUCCUCGUACCUCCCGGGUUUCACAGAAGAGGGAAUUGGCAAACGUGGGGGUUCGAACUCUGCUGCAUGCAGCUGGGCACGGCUCUGCCGAAGGACGCUAUCCUCGACAGAUUGGCACGGUGCUGGGAGGUGCCGGAGAAGCCAGCUGCGUGACCCUGAUCUCCG